AUGUUUCUGGCCAGAAAUAGGCGGGGCUUUGCUCAAGAACAGGCGCUUCGGGCUUCCCCCCGAACCAACCACACAAGCCCAAGGCAACAGGCCAUUGAUCCCGAGGGACCUCGGGGAUCUCCCUGCAUCUCUCGCUGCCCUGCGGCACAUUUAUUGCCACUGUGUUGCUUUUUCCACACAGCUGCCCCUCCAUCGCUCAUCAUCAAUCUUCGCUGCCUCAACGAGGAUAGCAACGACGUUCCAAGUAGGUACCACGGGCUUGUGCGCCAGCUGAACCAAGAUAUCGUCGCUAUGGCGCUGUCCUCCCUUCACGCGGGCACUGGCCUGCGUAUGCACGCCAUCAUGCCACUGCCGACUCCGUCUCUCCACAACCCACACGUAACUGCGCCGUACGUUGGCCUUCGCCGCAUGCCACUCGCUGCGCGACACGGCGCACCCUCUCGCGCCAGCGCUCCUCGUCAACCAGCGUCGUCACGGCCGGUGCGAGCAAGCGGCAGCAGCGAGGAGCGCGGACGAGACUCCUCGUGGCUGAUGCGGGGGGUUGCCGCUGCGGGUUUGGCGUGCGUGCUGGCGCUGAGCGACCCGUUCAGCGGCAGCGGCGGCAUGGCGCUCGCGGCCGACACGCUCAAGACGUGUACAUGCCUGCUGGGCCAGUGCAGAACGGAGCUGCUGCAGUGUCUGGGCGACGUGAAGUGCGCGGCGAACAUCGCGUGCCUGCAGUCGUGCAACGGGCGCCCCGACGAGACGGAGUGCCAGAUCGGGUGCGGAGACCUCUUCGAGAACCAGGUCGUCGACCGCUUCAACGCCUGCGCCAUCACCAAGUCCGGCUGCGUCCCGCAAAAGGCGGACGAGAACCUCUUCCCGCUCCCGCCGGACGACGCGCUGGUGACGGAAUUCGACGUGGGGAAGCUGGACGGGCCGUGGUUCAUCUCCAGUGGACUCAACCCCACGUUCGACACGUACGACUGCCAGCUGCACACGUUUCAGCCGACGGGCGAGGGGCAGUUCCGCGUGGACAUCACGUGGCGCAUCAACACGCCUGACGGCGGGUUCUUCACGCGGUCCGCGCUGCAGGACUUCGUGCAGGACCCCGUGCGACCCGGCGUGCUGCUCAACCACGACAACGAGUUCCUGCACUACCAGGACGACUGGUUUGUCAUCUCGUCAAACAUCAGUGGCACCAAGGACGAUUACUUCUUUGUUUAUUAUCGGGGCAGCAACGACGCCUGGGACGGGUACGGUGGAGCAGUGUUGUACACUCGCAGCCGCACUAUCCCACCAAGCAUUAUCCCAGAGCUGGAACGGUCUGCACAGUCGGUGGGCCUCAACUUUGCAGACUUCAUCACGACAGAUAACACGUGCCCUGCCGAGCAGCCCCUGUUUGCACGGCUGGAGAAGAAGGUGGAGGCGGUGGAGAGGGCACUGGUGGCUGAGGUGGUGCAGUUUGAAGAGAAGGUGGUGGAGGCAGAGAAGGCAGUGGUGGCAGAGGUGAUCCAGCUGGAGGAGAAGGUGGUGGAAGCAGGCAGGGAUGAACUGAAGCUCUUUGAGGGCCUCAGAAGAGGAUUUGCGGAGCUGUUCAAGGAUGAGCAGAACUUUGUGAAGGGGCUGAGGAAGGAGGACAGGGAGGUGUUGGAGCAGAUGGAGGCGAUGCAAAUGGGAGACCCUGAGGAUUUGGAAGACCUGUUCAGCAAUCCGUUGCCGCUGCCGUCGUUAUCCCCAGCAAUUCAACCGUUUUCGGGGACACAGGCAAAUUCUCAAGGUAACGGUGCUAAUUCGGAUUCGAUACGAUCUGACUCGCCAGCCAUGGCGCCAGCCCCAGUGGACCACACGAGAGUGGACGUGCCGGAGCACGCCGCUUCUCACGCGCUCCGUCUUGAUGUCCGACAAGACGACGCUACCGCAUCCCUCCUCAACCCCCCUCAAUGCCACGGAGCCGAUACCGCGCCACCUCAUAACGAGUACGUUCUUCUGCACGAGCGCGAGGCGGCGGUGGAGCGCGGAGCGGCGUCGUGGGUGGGCGAGGCAGCGGCGCAAUGCAGCGUGGGGUUGCCGGUGGCGGGCACGAUGGCGGUGAACAGCUUCAUGCAGCUGCUCUGCCUCGCCUUCGUCGGCCACCUCGGCACGCAAGAGCUCGCGUGUGCUUCCAUCGCCACCGCGCUCGCCAACGUCACUGGCUUCUCGCUGCUGGAAGGGCUGGCGAGCGCCAUGGAGACGGUGUGCGGGCAGGCGUACGGCGCAGGAGACCUGGCGUCGCUGGGCACCAUGCUGCAGCGCGUGCACCUCAUCCUCACCCUCGCCUGCCUCCCCAUCUGCGCCUGCUGGCUCGCCACGCGACCGCUGCUGCUCUUCACCGGCCAGGACCAAUCCAUAGCAAGCGGCGCAGCGCAGUACAUCGCGUGGGAGAUCCCGGGCCUGCUGGCGUCUGCAGCGUUCCUGCCCAUCACCAAGUUCAUGCAGGUGCAAGGCGUGACCCUGCCCCUCACGCUCAUCUCGCUGGUCGCCCUGCUCUUCCUCGCCCUCGCCUCCUACCUGCUCAUCCACACCUUCGCUCUGGGCUUCACAGGAGCCGCCAUGGCCCUCUCGCUCACGCUGCUCUUCCAGCUGCUGCUCGCGCUGCUCUACCUCGCGCUGCUGGACUCCUCUCAUCAACUGCUCGCGCGCUGCUGGCGCGGCUGGUCGCUCGCCCUCUCUUUCUCCGCCUGGUGGCCCUACCUCACUGUUGCCGUGCCCUCCUGUGCCAUGAUAUGUCUGGAGUGGUGGUUCUUUGAGAUCGUCACGCUUGUCUCCGGCCUGCUGCCCAACCCUGUUGUCAACGUCGCAGCCAUGACCAUAAGUCUGCAGACUGCUGGCUUCUGCUUCAUGUUCUCACUCGCCUUUGGCAUCGCUGCCAGUGUGCGGGUGAGCAACGCGUUGGGAGCAAGGAGCCCAGCAGCAGCGCGCAGGGCAGUGGCGGUGGCGAUGGGCAUAUCGGUGCUGCUGUCGGCGCUCAUAGCGCUCUUCCUGCUCUUCAUCCGCGACUUCCUCAUCCUCUUCUUCACCGGUGCCUCUUCUCCCGACGUGGCAGCCGUCGUGCGGUCGCUCAUGCCCUUCCUCAUUGUGUCCCAGCCAGGCCUCUGCCUGCCCACCAUCCUCUCAGGAGUGCUGCGGGGGUCAGGGCAGCAGGCGGUGGGCACGGGGGUGAACGCCUUCACCUUCUAUGCCAUCGCUCUGCCCCUCGCCUACGCCCUCGCCUUCUACCCUUUCCACCUCGGCGUUGCUGGCCUUUGGCUAUCCAUAAUUGUGGGGGAGGCAAUCCAAACAGCCAUCUUCGGAUACUAUGUGGCCAUCACUGAUUGGUCUGCCCAGGUGGAGCAUGCAGAAAAACGAGAGAGCAAUCUCAUGAAUUCUCGACCGUAUAGCGAGUAUGCGAUUCCCUGCGGCGGCUGCACCUCGGAUUCCAAAUCUCGUCCUUUGUUGAUGCGGGCGGUCAUCAAUACUAGGCGCGCCAGCAUAAUCUCUUGCCGUGUGCACUGCACUGCUACCAACGGUCGCGCCAUGGCCUCUCUUACCGCAUCGCUCUUCCCGCCGAGCUCGCUCCGCGUCGUGGAGGUAACCAGCCCGCGCGAGUGUCGCGAAAUUCAAGUGUCGCAGCACACCACGUGGGCGCCAGCGUUGACUCUCCAACAGUUCCUGCAGCGCGAGCAGCAGCUGGGCAGCCACGCAUGGGCGCAAGCCAAUCUGCGCACAUGGGCCCUCGUAUCAGACGCGGACGAGGCAGAGGAGCAAGUAGCACCACGCACACCCGAGCACCAGGCACUGCCGCACCACCCCGUGUCUGUCCAUGCCGCUGCCAGCACCGCUGCCAACACGAGUGCGAGCAGCUCGGGAGGGCAGGGUGCGGCAUUUGUGUCCGUGCCAUGCCGCAGCAGUGGUGGUGGUGGGGGCGGCGGGGAGGGCAGGGUGCAGCGCAGGCGAGUGCUGGCGUCGCUGGAAACAUACCGCCAGGUGCCGUGCUCAUGUCACGGCCUGGCCACCCACCUGUGUCGCGCUAUGCCUUCCCUGCUCGCACACUGCGACCCCUCCGCCCUCGCUGCUGUGCUGUACUCAGACGUGGGCGAGCACCUGUACGCGCGUGCGGGCUUCACUGCACCGCCGCACGUGCUGCCGCCGUCGCAACAUGUGUUUGGGGUGCGCGGAGGGGAGGAGGGCGAGAGGCGGGUGCGGGAGAGCAGUGCGCGGGUGGAGUGGCUGAGACGGGGCCACCAGGUGGCUGCUGCUGUGGAUGGCUAUGUGCACAUGCUAUCCCAGCGGCCUGCUCACUCAACCUCCUUCCUCGUGCUGCCAUCAGCCGCGCAGGUGGACUGGAUGGUGGAGAGGGAGCAUUUUUGUGCGCAACUACUGGGAGUGGAGCCCCUGCCGUGGUCGGGAGCACGGUGCAACGAUGCCCUCAUGGUAUGGACCAUGGAUGUGGCGCGCCACAGCAAGUACAUCAAGGUGCUGCUCUUCCACGCCAUCACAGGCUCAUGGCCAAUCCAAGAGCGCCACCUGGCAGAAGCAGGGUGCACAGGGGGCCGCGAAGCAGCAGCAUUCCCAUGCUCGCCUCUCUCUCACCCGCCGUCGCUGCACCCAUGUGGUCGUUCAUUCCGCAGGCCAUCUGGGUGUGACGACAUGGCAUGGUACUGGCCUGUCAGCCACAGUGGACUUGAGCUGCCACCCACCAAGCUUGCUAGUGCUGGGCUUUGGCCCUGGGUGCGUUUAGAUUAUCUGGUAGAUUUUGAGCAGUUGUCAUCGUGCUGA